UGAUGGGGGAGAGCCGGGCCGGGCCGAUACUGGGUCGCAGAGGGCACCAAACAGAAAGCAGUAAGUCGUAAAUUCAUGACAGAGGACGUUGUCUCCCUGCUCCCUUGUGCUGUAGCUUCUCGUGUGGCUUUUGCUGCUGCUGCUUUACUUCUGGGGAUCCACACCCAGUGGGGGUGCUACAUAUUGGCAUGCACCAUGUGUUGGGGUGUUGCUGUGUGCUGAAACUCUGCCUCGGGUAGACUACUUCCUUGGCAGGAUAUGGAGGAAAAAGCAACUUUGUAUUUGUGUAUGCUGCUGGAUUGCACCUAGAACAACUGAAAGAAGGCUGACUACACAGCAAUGCAGCCCACACUCCAGAACGACGAUCUGAACCUGGAAGCAGCUAUAGCAAGCAUCCGCCCCCAGCUAGUGGAGUUCCUCAGCCACCGUCCCGACUGGCUGCUCGCUGCCUCCCAGCACUUCCUCCCUAUGACUGUCCUCAGCAGCUUGGCAGGUGUCACUGACCACAGAGAAAAAGUCUCUGUGCUCCUCGACCUGCUGGAGAAGGCUGGCCAUGCCACCUGGAAUCAGUUUGCACAGUGCCUCUGCAUGGAGUGUGACCUGCCCCUGGAAAUGGAGAUACUGCUCAUGAGUUCUGCAGGAGAAGGUAACUCGUCUCAGAAGCAAGAAGUGCACACAGAUGCAAGUGACCAGUCCUCUGUGCCAAGAGGUAAGGCUGAAACAGACCCAUGAUGCUAUCAAUGGUCUUGGAAUGUAUUUGUUCUGCCUGUGGGCUGGACAAGACUACAAAUGUCCCACAUACUGGCUACGGCACUGGCAAGGUGAUCUUCACACAUUGUAACUUCAGGUUUGUUUUUUCUCUUGGUGCUUUCCAGAAAAACAUCUCCUGUUUCGUUUCUUUCCCUGCGUUUCAGAAUAGCCUUUUUGGCCCUGGCUCUGAUGAGGAACCCACUCAGUUUCUCUUUCCAGGGAAUCUCCCAUCCACCAUGCGAAACCCCCACUUUUUGCAGCUAUGCUUUGGUUGGCUCACUGAGAAGUGGAGGAAGUUGGUUUGGCUUUUAAAGAAUUAGCAGACAGACUAACCAGGAGUGGAUCCAGCAGAAAACAUUCUAGGAAUGCGGGAGUCUGAGCUUAAAAUAAUGCGUGGUAAUAAGUCUAGGGCUAUUUUCAGGGAUGAACUUUGGACUGUGGACUUCCAGCUAUACAGACUGUGAAAUGAGGGAUCCCUCCUCUUCCCCUAGAGCUCUGCAGUGGCAUCAUUUGACCUCAUUGCCUUUGGUGCAGUGUGAAAAUGCUGUUGGUUUGGGGCACCACUCAGCACUGUCUCUGGGUCCUCAUGUUACAGCUGCUAGAGGCUGCUAAAAUCUGAAUUGCUUCCUCAGUCUCCAGGUUUUCAGCCUCCAGAAAUGAAAGAGCAGCCCAGGCCCUCCCAGUGUGAGGAGUCCCACAGCAGAAGGAUACACAGAGGAUGUGAUUCUGACAUCCAGCUUGCUGAGUGUUUGCAGCAAAAGGAAUCAAUCCAGGUCAUCUGCUGAUUCAUGUUCAGGCUGAAAGCAGCCAUCAGUUUGCUGUGUCAUUCUGAGAUGUGUGAGGGAGGAAAACAAAGCAGUAGGAAAUGAGGCCUUGCAUUCUGCAGGCUGCAGCAUAGAGGAGUUCCUGAGCCAUCAGCCUGGCAGUGCAGAGAGCAAAGUGGAAACCUUGGGUCCUCUAGAGGUGCUUAAUAUUGCUGGCAGGGUGCUGGAUUGCCCAUUGGUAAAACACUGGCAGCAGCAGGAUCUUCUUGCAGAGCUGCCUGUGUUCCUUGCUGAGGUUUGCUCGGUGUCUUAUAACUUUUAUGUUUGCAAGCAGGCUUUUAGCACUGUGCUCCCUGAGCAGCAAACACAUCUUAGUCACUGGUGUUUUCUGUUCCUGCUCUCUUUCAGGUCCAUCACGCGGGCUUAUCCUGCUUUGGGUGGACUUGAAUCCUGAGGAGGAGCGGAGAAUAAUUCAAAGAAACUGGGCUGUGGGCUUUGCUACAGUGGGUAGCUGGGAUGUGUGGUCUCUCUAUGUGGUAUAAUCUCUUGUCUCAAGUUUGGCACUCUUCUUCCAUACACUCAGAACCACCUCCUCCAUGCCCUACUUAACUCUCCAGUGCUUGUUCAACUACACUGUGUGCAGACCCUUACCUUGAACUAUACAUU